AUGCGCUCCUUUGCCCUAGUGGCGUGCGGGGUCUUGGCGUCAACCGCCAAUAGUUUCGCUGAUGCAACCUCGAGCAAGACCCCUACUGCUGUCAACCAAGACGCUGCAUCCUUUAUCGUCAAGGAAGGCAACUUUGUAGCAAAUGUCACGAUCGACAUCAAGCAAGAAGAGAAUUCCCAAGACCCUGAAAGCGGCAACUCGAACGAUGACAACUUCACCCAACAAGAAACUAACGGCUCGACCGACGCAGAGGAGAGAGCGCUGGUGAGUCCGGCGAUGAAAGAUGCCCUCAAACCUUCUUGA